GGUUUGCAACGACAACAGCCUUGUUCGACUCUCUUCUCCUCGUUUGAGUUUCAUAAUACCUCUCGCAGCUGGUCUGCCCAUAGGAACCUACGCUCGCUGGACGUCCGUUACGAUUCCUCUUCGGCAAUUUUAGAAGGCUUUUUUUCAUAAUAUCGAUCAGGACAGGCUUCCUUCGACAAAUCACAAUCUCUCUCUCAACAUGUGGGCCGCUUCUUUGAUUUCCACCGUACUCAUCUGCGCCGGCGCAGUCACCGGACGACCGGGUUGGCACUUGGACGAGUUCUUUCCUCUGGCUUCUGAGCAGCUGGAUACCAUCGUCAGCCCUAACGCGCAGUCCAGUCAUAUGCACCGUAUCUUCGGUGCCUCCGGUUUCAAGGCUGCUUUCAACUUUGACGACAACCGAGCGUCAUCAUGUUCGUCGGUCGCUUUCCAGGCCGACAUGUCCAACUACUGGAUGCCUCAACUCUACUGGGUCGACGACACUCCCUCUGGCAAGCAGUUCGCUCCCUUGGGCGUUACCAGCCGUGUCUACUACUUCUUGUCCGAAAACACCCCCAACUCGAACGUCUCGGCCUUUCCCGAUGGUCUUCGAAUCCUGUCCGGUAACCCGAACGCCAAGGCGUCGACGGGUCAAUACGCUUUCAGUUGUCAGAGGAACCGAAACCUGACCGAUAUCGUUCAGGGGCCCGACUUCAACUUUGACAUGGACUGUCCUUUCGGAAUCAAGACCAACAUGUACUACGAGAACUGUUGGAACGGCAAGGACCUCUGGCUCCCUGGGAACGCUCACAUGAGCUACCCUGCGGGAGGCAACCCUAGGUUCGGACCCUGCCCUUGGUCCCAUCCCGUCCGUGUCCCCUCGAUGAUGUUGGAAGCCGUCUGGCUUCCGGGCGACUACGCCCCUGGUUCCAAAGUCAAGGGUCACCUCGCCUGGGCCAACGGUGAUACCACCGGGUACGGUUUCCACGCCGAUUUCACCAACGGUUGGGAUCGGGACGUCUUCCAGCGGGCGCUCGACUCGCCUGCUUGUUACGGAAACGGUGACAACAUUGCCAUGUCGGCCUGUCCCGUCUUUGCGGCUUCGAUGGACGUCAACAAGGCCAGGGCCUGUCGACCCACUGCAGGCACCUUGAUCGAGCCUACCGGAGUAUUGGAGAACGCUGCCAUAUCUGCUCUUCCCGGAUGCAACCCUCUCUGGGGGACCGAGCCUACCAAGCCGACCUGCAACCCAGCUGUUCCCAAGCUCGACGGUCUAUCUAAGCUGUUGGGUACGAACGGACCCCUCGUCGCCAAAGCCGAGCAACAACGACAACUCGUCCUGCCCACCUCGGGUGGCUGGAAGCGUAUCGGUUGUAUCUCUACCGGAGGUCUGACUAACCAGAUCAGCUACCAGGAUACCGGCAGGUUGACUCAGGACCGUUGUACCGAGACCUGCCUCGAGUCGGGUUAUCGUUACGCUGCCGUCGGUAACCACGCCGAUACCUGCUACUGUGGAACCGGGAUCGACCCAGGUGUCGCUUUCCAGGAGGGAAUGUGCACGGUUCCUUGUCCCGGAAACUCUACCCAGACCUGCGGUAACGAGUACAUCGUCGACGUCCUCUAUGCGCCCCCCGGUACCGUCGCCACAACCAGCGGACAGGAGCUCCGAGGAUGUUACCAGCCUUCCGGAUCUCAAUCCCUGACGAGCACCGCCUUCUACUCUUACCUGUCCGGCGCUCUUACCAAGCAGACCUGUGUUCAGGCAUGUGUCAACCGAAACGCCACCUGGGCCAUGACCACCGCGGGAGUCAACUGUUACUGUGGAAACGCCGACCUCGAGGGAGCCUCGGCCACCGGUGGAAACUACAUCCCCAUGGAUCGAUGCGAUCGUCCCUGCAGCGGAAACUCGAGCGAGAUGUGUGGAGGUCAAUACGUCGGUAGUCUUUACAACCUCAGCGCCUCUUCGGUGCCUGUCGCCCUGCCCAACAAGCCGACCGGUUGGUUGGGUUGUUACUCGGGCGGUGGAAACGCCGUUAGCGACGUCACAUGGCUCAACGGCAGUUUGACCGUCGCUUCGUGUGUCAACGGAUGUAGCGAGAUGGGUUACAAGUACGGUUCCGUCUCGGUCGGUAACAAGUGUCAAUGUGGCAAUACCGACGAGAACUUUGGAUCUCGUCUUCCUGCGAGCGAAUGCACUACCCCUUGCAAGGGCAAUGCCACCCAGACCUGCGGUGCCACUUACUACGCCGAGAUCUACGACGUCGUCAAGGGAGCCGAUUACACGUAUGACCAGGUCAGGGCCACCUACCCGACCGGAUGGAUGGGCUGUUUCGCCAGUACCGGUAGCAACCAGCAGUUGACGGACUACUCUUGGAGUACCAACAACAUGAACGUGGAGACCUGUAAGGCGGGUUGCGUUCAGUUCGGAUACCCUUACGCCGGUCUCAACAACAAGAACACUUGCAACUGUGGAUCGGAGCCGACCUCGCGAAGGAUGCCCCACGAGAACUGCAACUUGGCUUGUGCUGGCAAUUCGACCCAGUUCUGUGGUUCUUCCGGGUUCCUCGACGUCUACAACGUUACCGCCAUGAACUCGGGCGACAGCUCUUCCUCGACGCCUUCGUCUUACGUCGGCUGUUACCAGGACGCCUCCAACCCUCGAGGGUUGAACUCGUACACCUGGACUUCCGACUCGAUGACCACGGCAAUGUGUCGACAGGGAUGUCUCGAGCUCGGACCGUACCAGCUCGCUGCUACCGAGAGCGGAAACGCUUGCUUCUGUGGCAACAAGUGGGCCUCGGGCGGUAUUCUUCCCGAGUCGUCUUGUGCUACCGCUUGCAAAGGUAACUCGAGCGCGGUGUGUGGUGGCAACUGGGCGGCUUCGGUGUACAACACGACCAACGCGCCCAUCGCUGCCGCUUCCAAGGCUCCGGGCUGGCAGGGAUGCUACCCCUCGGGAAGCUUCUCGGCUGCCUUUUACAAUUCGCCCUCGAUGACGUCUGCGUCGUGUCGAGCAUCGUGUUCCGCUCAGGGCUACGCCUAUGCUGCGACUCGAUCGGGUACCAAUUGUUACUGUGCUCAAACUCUCCCGGCGUCCAACACUCGUAACCCUGGAACCAACUGUAACGUCGCUUGCUCUGGAAACAGCACUGAAACGUGUGGAGCUGCCUACCUGGUCGAUGCUUACGAAGUGAAAUCGUUGGGCGCUCCCACUUCUGGCUACGUCGGCUGCUUCUCCGAUGUCAGCAAGGUCAACAACGUCACCUACGUCAGUACUUACAUGACUCGAGACACGUGCAGCCAAUACUGUCAGGCCCGAUCGUUCCCCUUCGCCAUGACCACGUACGGUAACCGAUGUUGGUGUGGAUCCAACCGACCCGUUCAGCAACGAGCCGACUCGGACUGUUCGACCACCUGUACUGGAAACAACACCCUCACAUGUGGAGGCAACAACCUUGGUUCCGUUGUCUCGCUCGCGGGCGCCAACGUAUCGCCUGCCAUCUCUCUCGCCGCCGAUGACAAGGGCUACGUCGGAUGUUUCGCCGAGGGCAACCCCAAGUUGGCCAACCUGGUCGUUACCGUCGCUACCAACACCCCGACCACGUGUCAGAGCACGUGUAAGGGAUUGGGAUAUGCGGUUUCUGGUGUCGAGGCAGGAAACCAAUGUUACUGCACCAACGCCUUGGUUCCCGGGUCGGGCGGAUACCGAGUGGCGGACAGCGAAUGUAACACCGCCUGUUCCGGUGACGCAUCUCUCAAGUGCGGUGGAUCGAACCGUCUUGCGGUCAUGACCACGGCCAAUGCUGCUCAGGCUCCCACUUCUAACGGUAUGGAAGGCAACAUUGGAUGUUACACCACUGGCAACGUCAUCGCCAAGGCCACCUACGACGUCGUCUUUAGCCCCAUGACCCCCGAGUACUGCCGAAGGACCUGUCGAAACAAGGGCUCAUCCGGAGCCUUCCUCCUCAAUGGAAACCGAUGCUUGUGUGGAACGGCCGCGGAUGCUGGAGCCGUGCAGCCCGCCACCGUUUGCAGCACCCCGUGCAGUGGAAACAGCUCGGUCUCUUGUGGUGGAAGCGGUCAGGUCUCGCUCUACGACACUAGCGGUGCUGGAGCUCAGGCGCCAGUUCUCAGUCAAGCCGGAUACGUCGGAUGUUUCAUCAACGACAACCCCUCGGCCUUUGACUUUUCGACCACCUCCAGCUCGAACACUCUGCAAUAUUGUCAACGUCUGUGUACCUCCAAGGGUUACCCGACGUUCGGUACCAGCGGAAUCUACUGCAACUGUGGAACAAAGCUUCCCGCCAUGCUCCAGCCAGAGGCCAGUUGUACCACGACGUGUCCUGGAGCUGGUUCGACCGACAAGUGUGGUGGAUCUUCGAGGUUUAGCGUGUUUACCAGCAACAACAGCCCCAAUAUCGUCACCCCGAGCGUCAGUUCCGCCAGUUCGACCAUCGCAUCGAGUUCGGCGGCGUCCAGCUCUCGACCGGUGUCAUCGUCCGCGGCUUCUUCUUCGGCCAUCCUGUCUUCGACAUUGGCUCGGUCUUCCACCGUGGUCACGUCGGUCGCCAGCGGUACUGCCACUUCUCGCGCUUCGUCCGUUGCGCCGGCGACAUCUUCUGGAACCGCUAUCAGAACCGGAACGACCAGCGCUUUCGGAACGAGCACUACGGCCGCUACUUCUACAGUCAGGACUAGUACCGCUGCAGGGUCGUUCACCAUCAGGACCAGUGCUACUGCGGCUACCGGGACCGCCACUGUGAGGACGACUGCCGCAACCGGGACUGCUACGGUCAGGACCAGCUCAGUAGCUACCGGUACCGGAACCAAGACGCUCCCAGGCAAUAACGCCAUCGUGACCGAUAGCACAACUGCAACCGCCGCUUCCAGCACUGCGGCGGCACCCAACCCGACCUCCUCGGAUCCCUCGAACAUGGGUUGUUACGCGCUUGACAAGAAGGUCAUGUCGGCGUUCGAAAUGUCGUGCUCCACCUUGGACCCAUCGAUGUGCAAGCUCCUCUGUCGAUACAAGGGAUUCGCAUACGCAGCUGUCACUAACGGAGACACCUGUCUCUGUGGAACCGGCUCGAUGGGAUUGGUACAAGCGCAAGCGACGACCUGUAGCUCCAAGUGUACCGGAGACGCCAACCAGACGUGUGGUGGUACCAACUCGAUGGCCGUCUACCGUACCAGCGAUGUCGCCCUCCCCGCCAUGGUCGUGAGCAGGAGCCGAAAGGCCAACCUGAUCCGCAAGGUCAAGCUGGGCAAGAGCAACUCGCGUAGGGCCGGAGUGCAUCGUAUCUGAUAGGGCGGUGAUACUGUAGAUACUUUGCCGAUGAUUUAGGGUUGUCAAUGAUGUUACGAACACAUGAGAUAGAUUCGAUAGGUUCGAUUUGACUGUCGGCUUUGCCAAAGCGCAACGGGAACCAUGACUAGCUCACAGCUCAAGCCAUCGCAUUCACGAGUGAC